AUGCGCUUAGUGGCGGACAGGCGGUGGAGAAUCAAAAGCAGGUUGGAAAUGACAAAGAAUUUGUGUGCAGGAAUCUCUCACACAUAACAACAGGUCAGUUUCGCCGUCUCUGUCCAGAUAUUUAAGGAGUGACUAUAUAUUUCCUUUAAAGCACCAACAUUGUUGUUCAUCCUUGGAGUUGCAGAAGUAUCUCAUCCCAGCUGAAAAUGUGCUUUUUGUUUAAAAAUAUACAGUAACCACUGUGCUGAGAAGACACCAACAUUUGUUCACUCAAGAUCAGUUCUUCAAUGGCAUUGACUGUCUAAGGGAUUCACUCUGUCUGAUGUCUGACUUGAUGAGUUUUCAGAGAACUGAAAGCAGGGAGACAUCAUUCUCCUUCUCUCAAUGUGGGAAGGGUUUCUGUCACCUAGCAGACACAGCAGUGAAUUCACAGAGGGGAGAGGCUGUUUGUCUGCUAUGUGUGUGGGACAGGAUCCACUGGGUCAUCCAGCCUGAAGCACGUUCACUCUGUGGUGAGGUGGUUCACCUGCUCUGCCGACAGGAAGCGACUCAUUCUCUCAUUCACAGCUGUGAGAUGCCUUUCACUUGCUCCGUCUGUUGGGAGUGAUUCACUCACUCAGCUGAUCCACGCAAAUGAGUUCACAAGGGGCAGACUCUGUUUAGCUGUCCGUGGGAAGAGGUUCACUUGGUCAUCUGAUCUGCUUACAUAGGAGUGAGUUCACAUUGGGGAGAGGCUGAUCAACUGCACAGACUGUGGGAAGGGAUUCUCUCGAUCAUCUGGCCUGCUGGCACACCAAUCUGUUCACACUGGGGAGAUGCCAUUCACCUGCUUUGACUGUGGGAAGGGAUUCAGUUACUCCUCUGGCUUGCUGGCACACCAGGCUGUUCACACUGGAAAGAGGCCAUUCAUCUGCUCUGACUGUGGGAAGGGAUUCACUCAGUCAUCUCAACUGCAGGCACAUCAGCGAGUUCAUACUGGGGAGAGACCGUUCACCUGCUCAGACUGUGGGAAGGGGUUCACUCAGUCUACCCACUUGAAGAUACACCAGUCAGUUCACACUGCAGAGAGGCCAUUCACCUGCUCCGACUGUGGGAAGGGAUUCACUCAGUCAUUCCAACUACUGGCACACCAGUCAGUUCACACAGGGCAGUGGCCAUUCUCCUGCUCAGACUGUGGGAAGGGAUUUACUCAGUUAUCUAUACUGAAGGUACAUCAGCGAGUUCACACUGGGGAGAGGCCGUUCACCUGCUCCGACUGUGGGAAAGGAUUCACUCAGUCCUCUACUCUGAAGGCACACCAGCGACGUCAUACUGGGGAGAGGCCGUUCUCCUGCUCCGACUGUGGGAAAGGAUUCACUCGAUCAUCUGACCUACUGACACACCAGCGAGUUCACACAGGGGAGAGACCAUUCACCUGCUCUGACUGUGGUAAGGGAUUCACUCAGUCAUCUCAACUGAAGGCACAUCAGCGAAUUCACACUGGGGAGAGACCCUACACCUGCUCAGACUGUGGGAAAGGGUUCACUAAGUUAACCAAUCUACAGAGGCACCAGCGAGUUCACACUGGGAGAAGCCCGGAUCAGACUCUGGCAAGUGACUUACUGGGUCAACCCACCUACAGAGACAGCAGUCAGUUCACACUGGGGAGUGGUUGCUCACCAGCUCAGACUGUGGGAAGAGAUUCACUUAGUCAUCUCAACUGAAGGUACAUUAGUGAGUUCACACUGGGGAGAGGCUGUUGACUCGCUCAGACUGUGGGAAAUGAGUAACUCUAAUCUCAGUUGAAGGUACAGCAGUGACUUCUCACUGAGGAGAGGCCGUUCACCUGUGCUGAAUGUGGGAAGGGCUUCACUCAGUCCAUGCACCCAUGUGAAUUGUUACCGAGUUUACACUGGGGGUAAAGUUUAAAUAAGCUGCCUGCUGGUUAUUGAACCAUCACAAUUACUGAAUCCAGCGACAAGUCCAAAAGUCACUGCUACUGUUGAACUCUUCAGCUAUUACUGCUACUCAUUCCACCCUGGUCACCACACAUGGGAGCGGUUUCUCCUGCUCAUGUACGAACGGGGUAUAUAUUUUCUGUCUGGAUUGUAUUGUACGUCGCACGUUUUUAUUACGGGUUAAAAAAUGAAUGUUUUCCAAACAUCAAGAGCUAAGGCAGUGAUGUGAAACAAUGAUCGACCCAAGCAUGUUACUAUGUUGCUGCAGUAAUUGAAUACGUGCCUCACCUUCCAGCAGAGGUGAUGGUCUCAAAUUCCAGGCCAUGCCAGCACUACACAUAUAACAGACGACUGGCAAGAUGAUGUGAAAUCGAACGGCAGUGUAUCAAAUGUUGCAGGAAGAAAAUCUGUACCUACUACCUCCUCUUGGUACACUACAGCAGGCUGAUUUAGCUGCAUUAAUGGCAUGGCAACUAUUAUUGAAGGAAGAGCAGCAAUGGAAAAGGAGAAACAGCAUAAGUAAGUUGGAGGAAGAAAUGUAGCUAAAGUUAAGUGUGGCAAUUGCUGAAAGUGCCCCAGCAGGAUAGUCCUAUGGCCUGAAUUCCUACAGUGGCAUGCAGAAGUUUGGGCAUUCCAGUCAAAAUUUCUGUAACUGUGAAUAGCUAAGCGAGUAAAAGAUGAACUGAUUUCCAAAAGGCAUAGAGUUAAAGAUGACACAUUUCUUUAAUAUUUUAAGCAAGAAAACUUGUUUUAUUUCCAUCUUUUACAGUUUCAAAAUAACAAAAAAGGAAAAGAGCCGGAAGCAAAAGUUUGGGCACCCUGAAUGGUCAGUACUUAGUAACACCCCCUUUGGCAAGUAUCACAGCUUGUAAAUGCUUUCUGUAGCCAGCUAAGAGUUUUUCAAUUCUUGUUUGGGGGAUUUUCGCCCAUUCUUCCUUGCAAAAGGCUUCUAGUUCUGUGAGAUUCUUGGGCCGUCUUGCAUGCACUGCUCUUUUGAGGUCUAUCCACAGAUUCUUGAUGACGAUUAGGUCAGGGGACUGUGAGGGCCAUGGCAAAACCUUCAGCUUGCACCUCUUGAGGUAGUCCAUUGUGGAUUUUGAGGUGUGUUUAGGAUCAUUAUCCUUUUGUAGAAGCCAUCCUCUUUUCAUUUUCAGCUUUUUUACAGAUGGUGUGAUGUUUGCUUCCAGAAUUUGCUGGUAUUUAAUUGAAUUCAUUCUUCCCUCCACCGGUAAAUGUUCGCUGUGUCACUGACUGCAACACAAGCCCAAAGCAUGUUCGAUCCACCCCCAUGCUUAACAGUUGGAGAGGGGUUCUUUUCAUGAAAUUCUGCACCCUUUUUUCUCCAAACAUACCUUUGCUCAUUGCGGCCAAAAAGUUCUAUUCAAAAGAUUCAAAGGAACAUCUAAGCAAGCCUGAUGCAUUUUGAAAACAAGUCCUGUGGACUGAUGAAGUUAAAAUAAAACUUGUUGAUCAAAUCUGAAGAAGAGAAAACUCUUCAGUUCUACAGUCUCUUUCUUACAGGCCGUUGCAAUGCCUUGGACGAAGUGAGUGAGCUGGUCAUGCCUGCCAAAAUGUGGACUGUCGAAAAGAAAUUGCCCUAUAUGUUUAGAGAGAAAUGUAGAACGGUAGUCUGUGAACUGCAAGAAAGGCAAAACCAUAAGACUACUUUUGCUGAUAUUGCCAAUUUUAUUGGAAGGCAAGUAAAUAUUGCAACACACCCAGUAACUGCAAGAAGCAAAGGUGUGAACAACACUAGUCACAACUUCAUUCUCAGGCUAAAGGAAUCAGCUUUGCCACCACUGUGGCUACCGAGAACGAAAGCUGAAACUGAACCUGGAACUAAUGGAAGGGAAAUGGUCUCGCCAGCCAAAGGGAUCGGACUGUUCUUCAAGGGUGAACACAUUGGAUUUAUGCCGUCAGCUGGAUAAAAGGGCUUGGAGUGAGAUUUCCUUCCUAACGAAAAAUUGCUUUGGCUGUUUGUGUACAGGACACAUCAGCAAGGUUUGCAGGAAGCAUCUUUCAUACAAGGUGUGCAGUUUUAAGCAUCCCAGCGUACUUCAUAUUCACUCUUAACAAAAAGGAUGCAGAAUUAAAACCAGCCAUGAAAAAAUCAAACAUUGCUGUGAGUAGUGCUCGAGUAACUAAUGGCUGGGAACGUGAUUGUAAUCUCCCCAUAAUUCCAGUACGGGUGAAGUCUAAGAAGGGGAACAAGGCCAUGGUUAUUGAUGCUUUCUGGAUCAAGGAAGUACAGCAGUGUUCUGCGCAGUGAGCCUCACGAACAAGCUCAAACUCCCUGGAAAAAGGACACACAUUCCUUUAUGUACUGGGGAUUGAGUAGGAUUGAAAAUGUCUGUCUUAGAUGGUGAAAACUAUGGUCAACUACCUAACAUCUAAACACAUGCCCGUCAACGGAGGGAACAUUCCAUGACAGAAGGUUUUUGAGGAAUGGUCUCACCUGAAACAUGUCCAUUUGCCAGAAAUUGAUUUGGAAACUGAGCUGCUGAGAGAGAUGAAUGUACCUUAAGCAUUGGAGCCUGUGCAAGUGAUUGGCAGUGUUAAUGAUGGAUCCUAUGUAAUUAGAACAAUGCUGGGUUAGGCUGUGAAUGAACAACUGAAGGGAGACAAUGUUAAUGGGAGAGACUGUGCACAGCCUGAGCUGACACUUAACAGGAUCUCAGUUUGAACGUAUGAGCUUUCAGGGCAGACUUCCCUGUAUGCAGUCAAGAUGACCAACCUGAUUUGUCAAGGGAAGACCACAGGUUUGUGGAGCUAGUUACAAAUUGUGCAGAUGAGUUUACCUUUAAGAAAGAAAGAAGUGAACAGGAAGAUUGCAGAACAGCGUGCUCUAAAUCUAAGGAAGAUGCUUAAGAGGGAUUCGUCCUUUCACAGUGACACAGCUUUCAUGAAGGAUGUCAUAUCCAAAGGUUUUGGAAAAGAGAGGGUCUGGAACUCUGAUGGUAAAAUCUAGGACAUUUGAUAUCGUGGUGUUUCUCACCCCAGAAAAGGGGUGUUGUGUUUGACUGUGGAGUGACUUUUCAGGGAAUGUCACUUAAUGCUCAGCUCUUACAGGAGCCAGGUCUCACUAGCUCACUGAUUGGAGAACCAACAGAUUCGGAGAGGAACCAGUGGUGAAUAUGUUAGCUAUUAAAUCAAUGAUUCAUCAGGUUAAAGUACCAGUGGAAGGUCAGAUAUGCUUAGGUUUUUCUGGUGGCCUGAUGGUGACCUCAGACAAGAAAUGAUAGACUUUAGAAUGGUGGUACAUCACUUUGGAGCAACUUCAUCACUGAGCUGUGCCAACUUCACCCUGCGGAACUGCACAGAUGAAGAACAAGUCAGCUGCGAGAUGGUGGAUAAGGUUUUGCAUUGCUUCUAUGUUAAUGACUGUCUUGUGUCAUGUCCUCUGAGGAAGAAAUACUGUCUCUCCAUUAUGACAUUGUAUCCAUUUGUGCUAAAGGUGGCUUUCGACUUGCAAAGUACAUAAGUACGAGGCAUAGUAUGCGAGCUGUGAUAUCAGAAGAGUGAAAGACACAAAGGAUUUUGAUUUGGAUCAAGAUAUACCUUCAUUGGAGAGAGUACUGGGUGUGCAAUGGUGCAUUCGGUCUUUGAAGUUUAAGAUCUCGAUUCAAGAUAGACCACUCACCAGAAGGGGUGAUUCUCUCCACAGUUAGUUCCAUCUGUAAUCCUUUAGAAGGCACUGUCUGCUAAGAAUAUCCUACAAGAUCAAUGUAAGAAAGAGCUUGGUUGGGAUCAGAGUAUACCAACAUCACUUGCUGCUUGGAAGAACUCUGCCUGUUGCAAGUCUUCAAGAUUGUUAGUUAGCUGAAGUCCCUGGAUUCUGGUGAAGUUACUGCUGCAUGGUAACACCACACUACAGAUACAAGCAAGAAUGGCUAUGGAGCAGUGACACAACACGUACUCCCUGGACAGUGCUUGUAUCAUGGGAAAAUCUUGGGUAGCUUCGAUGAAGUCAAUUUCCAUCCCUCGUACGGAGCUUACUGCUGCAAUGAUUGCACACUGUAUGAACACAGUGUGGAGGAAGGAACUACACAUGCAGCUUCGUGAAUUAGUGUUCUACAACUGAUCGUACUUCUGUACUGUAAUAUAUUGAGAAUGAAACUUCCAGGUUCCAAAUCUUCAUUGCCAACUAGAGUUUCCAAACUUCUUAAGGUCUCACCAGCAUCUCGAUGGAGGUGUGUAAACAUUUCAAGCAACCCGGCAGAUGUGGUCUCUUGAAGGUUGAAGCAUUCCUGAAGAAUGAAACAUGGGUGUCACGGCAUCCCAAUUUGUUUUGGAAACGGUGGGUCAAGCAGUGCUUACCACAGUUACAGGGACAUCAGAAAUGAUCAGGUAGAAAGCACAAUUUCCUUCAGGAAAGUUGACAACUCAGUGCUUCGCAACUCAUGGGUCGGGGAAGGGUCGUUCAAGUCUCUCCAGACAGAAGAGGAUUUGUGCAGUGGGACACGUCAAGACCAAGACCAACUCUCUGGACAGGCUGAUAAGCGAGAUCCGUCAGUUACAGGAGGCAGACCAAUCCUGAGACAGGUCAAUAACCGAAAUCUGUCAGUUUCAGGACAGAACAACUCUCUGCACAGAUCGAUAACUGAGAUCUGUCAGUUAUAGGAGGCAGAGGUUUGAGGAGCUACAGCUCCAAGAGCAUCAUGAUUUUGAUCAGACAGAGGAUGGGAGUAAUGGUCACUCUGCACUGGCAUAUGUGUGGGUAACCUCUGGUCUAGGUGACUGCUACUUGACGUGAAGAGGACACUUGCCUAAAUGUUAAGAUAUUUAUCUUUGAAGAUUUUGAGUUUCCUAUUCUUGCAGUAUGCAGUUGUGAUUAUUAUAGUGUAAUAAUUGGAGGCUGGGUUGUAGUGUGACGGGAUCCUGAAGUAUCCCGAAUGAACUGUGCUUUCAAAAAGAGAGAGAGAGCUGUACUGCACAAACAACUUGUCAUUAAGAGAGAGAGAGAGAGAGAGACGAAGACUGCUCACAGUUUGUUUGGAAUUUCUGCAAGGACACUGCCAGCUUCUGAGUUCCUACAGAGAGAGAAGGGAGGAGCUACUUGAUGGACAGCUGGUGUUCAACAUGCUGAGAUAAAUAGAAGGUCAGUUGGCUCUUAGACACACAUGAUUUUGGACACUGGAUGAGCUUGGUUGUGCCCACAGAAAGGUAGGUUUCUGGAGAAUCGAUCAGUGGCUCUCGCAGUGUGGAAAAGGUGUGACUGGUGGGAAGUUAUUAGUGUGUCCAACCCUCGCCUGGGUUGAUAACUCCACCACAUAAAACAGUCCCCUUGUUGUGGUCAUAUUUGGUGUCUUCUAAAGGAUUUCGGAGGACAAUGGGAAGAAUCGAUGGCAUCAGCUUACUCGAACAACCACAACACCUCUCUCUCUCCAUCACUACUCAACUGAAUACGACGAAGUGAACUGAUUCCCUUUCCCCAUCACCGUAAGACUGUAUCCACUUACCCCUAGGCUUGAAGAAGCUUGGUUUUUAUAUUUCCACACUUAUAUAUAUAAUCUUUGCUAACCUGUUUGAUUUAUCUGAUUUUAUAUUACAGUAUUGCGUAGUUACUAAUAAAUAGCAUUAGUUAACAGCAAUACCAGAUUUCUGCUGGAUCUUUAACCCGUCACGGAGUAUGUGACAAAAUUGGGACCUGCGUCAGGGAUUUGAACAAAUUGUCUGGGGGGUUGUUUGAAUUGAUUGGGGAAAAUCCUUUUUGAUUUGCUUGUGUGGAAAAACAGCAGAAAUGGAGGUUAGUGUUGAGAGGUUUCUGUUGGAACCAACCCCUGAAGUGUUGGAGGAUGCUACGAGGAAUGUGCUGUUGGCAAUCACUCAGAAGUUAACACUAAAAUGAGGAAAGCUCAAAUGCAGACAGUAAUAGCCCAGCAUUAUAUAGCGAAGGGAAAGUUUGAGUUAUGCCAUGAAGGUAAACUUACUGAGGCUGAGAUUCAGCUUCAGUUAGAGCUCUUCAGGCUGGAGGCUGAGGAGAGGAAAAGACAGCAUGAGUUGCAACUGAAACAGCUCAAGGCCACUGAGGCAGAAAAACAGACGGUUUGAGAGGGAGAUGUGGCAGCUGGGGGGUCCAGUGUUGGACCCUGAUGACUUUUACAGUUUAAAAGAGCUGGUUUUGAUUGAAGAAUUUAAGAGUUGUGUCCCUGAUGAUGUAAGGGGAUACCUAGAUGAAGAGGAUGCCGCCAGCCUGCGGGGACUGCUAAGGCAGCAGGCGAGUUUGUUUUAACCCACAAGGUUGAGUUUAUUCCAGAUGAGAGUUUCCCAGAGAGUAGCUGGGAAGAUCAGGGUAACCUUGAAUUUGAAACUGGGGCAAGUGAUGAAAGCCCAGAAGAGGCAGCUGUCCCAAUUGCCUGUGUUCAGGUUGUUGAAGUACCUGUGGAUUCACAGGGUACUGAACCUUGUGUUGAAACUCAGUUAAGGUCUGAGGUGUCUGACUCGGUUGAAAAGGAAUGCAGUCCUUUUGUGUCAGAUGGUCUUGGUUCAGUGAAUAAGGGGUUUUACCUUGGUACCAGUGGAAAUUGAAGAUUCUCAGUCACUUGUAUCAGACAGUGUUCUAAAAGUUAGUGAUGAGUUGAAAAUUAGUGAGGUAAAUGUUACUGAAGAUGUCGAGAAAGGUGUUGUUUCUGGACUUUUGAAUAAAGUACAUGUGAAGGUUGGAUUGGUUUUGCAACCUUUGACCCUGCUUGCAGGACAAAGGCCUGCUAACGAAGUAUGUGGCACUCUGUUGAAUUUUGUUUUAACAUUUGGAUGUAAACACCUUCAAGGUUAUGAAGUUGCUUUUCACGAUAGUGAUGUGGAGAAAAAUGAUUGUUUUGGUUUUGAGAAGCCAUUUGAAGAGGUUACUAUGGAGACAGAACGAGAUGAAGGUUGUAGAAAUAAAAUAAAUGAAUUGUUUGGGAUCUUUCACAAUAUACACAUGGUUUUCGUAAGUCUGGUGAUUGUGCUGAGUUUAGUAAACAUUGGGGGGAGGUUGACACCUAUGCAAGGUGAUGUUUAUCCAGCAGUUCAGCUAACGAGCAAGCUUGCUGCUGCUAAUGACCCACACAGAGAGACUGAUGUUUACCCUGCCUGUGUAGUGACUCGAGGCAUGUCUAAAAAGUCUGUUGAGGCCCAUGAUGAUUUAUCAAAGACUUUUCUACCUUCCCUAUUCCAACAGGUCUUCGAGGGUAGUAAAGCUGAUGAGAGUAAGGCUGAUGAGAGCGACUUGUCCUUAUCAAGGAAGUAAUUUAUAGAGGAACAAAAUAAAGAUCCUGAAAUUGUGUUUUUAAAAGAGACAGCUCUGUCUGAGGAUGAAAUUCAGAAAGAGACAGUGGGAUAUUACCUAAAGGAUGGGGUGUUAAUGAGGAAAUGGAGACCACCUACAGUGCCUGCUGGUGAGGAUUGGCUAUAAUGCACCAGAUAGUGGUUCCGAAUGUUUAAAGGGCUGAAAUUUUAAACAUGGCUCAUAGUAAGCCUUUAGGUGGACAUUUUGGAGUGAGAAAGACAGUGAACAGGAUUAUUAAGGAAUUCUACUGGCCUGAUUUAAGAAAGGAUGUUGCGAAUUUUUGCAGGACUUGCCAUACCUGCCAGGUUGUGGGGAAACCUAAUCAGGUUAUUCAAGUAGCACCACUUAAACCAAUACCUGCUUUUGGUGAACCUUUUCCUAGGGUCAUGGUGGAUUGUGUUGGCCCAUUGCCAAAGACUGCAGCUGGUCAUCAGUACUUGUUAACAAUUAUGUGUACUGCGUCUAGGUUCCCUGAAGCAGUGCCUCUCGGAAACAUCCAGGCCAAGAUUGUGGUAAAAGCAUUCAUCAAGUUUUUCAUACUGGUAGGUCUGCCUAAAGAAAUUCAGUCUGACCAGGGUAGUAAUUUUACUUCGAGAACCUUAUCAUGACACGGAGACAUCACCUGUGAGUACUGUUAUGAAAACAAAUGAAGCUGUGGGGCCUGGUACCGAGAUCCCAGAUAAUUUUAAUGUACUCAGUGUAGUCUCCACAAAGCUCAAAAACACAAUUGUUUUGAAAAAUAUUAAUAACAAGGUCCAUCAGUUGGUGCCAGCACAGCAAAAACAAUUGAAAGGCUUAAUUAGUAAGUAUAAAGAUUUAUUCCCUGACAUUCCAAGAUGGUGCACAGCUGCAGUGCAUGACGUCAUUGUAGAUUCAGCCAAGCCGAUCAAACAGCAUCCCUCCAGAAUGAAUUUAGAGAAAAGUAAAAUGGUUGAACAAGAAAUUGGAAACAAGAAAGAACAAGGAAAGAGUGUGGAUGACUGUAUUGAUAAAGUACAAAAGGCUAAAUACCUCACCUGUUAAAAGGAUACUGGGGUGUUCCUUUGACAGAGAGGGCUAAAGAAAUAUCUGCAUUUGUGACACCAUCUGCACUGUAUGAAUAUAAUGUUUUACGCUUUGGGAUAAAAAAUGCUUCAGGGACAUUCCAAAGGAUGAUGAAUUCAGUGAUUUAGGGUUUAGAAAAUACAGGGGCUUAUAUUGAUGAUCUGGUUGUAUGGAGUGACACAUGGGAAGAACAUAUUGUGGCUGCAGAAAAGCUAUUUGACAGGCUUUCCAAGGCAAAUCUUACUGUGAACCUCGCUAAAAGUGAAUUUGGUCAUGCUACAGUUACAUAUUUGGGCUAUGUAGUAGGCCAGGGCCAACUGGCUCCUGUACAGGCCAAGGUUCAAGCUAUUGCUGAGGUUCCCGGUCCGAUGGGCAAGAAAGCUUUGAGAAUGUUUUUAUGAAUGGUUGGGUAUUAUCAUAAGUUUUGUAAGAACUUCGUAGACAUCUCUCUUCCCCUAAUGAAACUCCUAGGGAAGAGUGAAACAUUUGUAUGGAGUGAACUUUGCCAGGAGGCAUUUGAACGCCUGAAAACCUUCCUGUGUUAUCAUCCUGUGCUCAAAGCACCUGAUUUUAAUAAACCAUUUUCGAGCGCGGUAGACCCUAGCGAUGAAGUUGCCGGGGCAGUAUUGUUGCAAAAGAAUGAUGAUGAUGACAUUGAACAUCCAGUAGCUUAUUUCUCAAAGAAAUUUAAUGCGCAACAGAAAAAUUACUCCACUGUUGAAAAGGAGUUGCUAUCACUUAUUCUGGCUUUGCAACAUUUUGAAUUCUAUGUUUGUCCUACCCGGAAACCACUUGUGGUUUACACCUACCAUAAUCCAUUGGUGUUUCUAUGAAGGAUAAGAAUAGAGGAUUAUUAAACUAGAGUCUGAUCUUACAAGAAUAUGACCUGAAAAUAAAACAUGUGAAAGGUACUGACAACGAGUCUGUGGUGGCCAGUGCGAUCAUGGUUGCUGUUGUGUGCUGGGGCAGCAGGCUGAAGGUAGCAGACACCGACAGAAUCAACAAACUCAUUCGUAAGGCCAGUGAUGUUGUGGGGAUGGAACUGGACUCUCUGACGGUGGUGUCUGAAAAGAGGAUGCUGGCCAAGUUGCAUGCCAUCUUGGACAAUGUCUCCCAUCCACUACAUAAUGUACUGGUUGGGCACAGGAGUACAUUCAGCCAGAGACUCAUUCCACCGAGAUGCAACACAGAGCGUCAUUCCUGCCUGUGGCCAUCAAACUUUACAACUCCUCCCUUGGAGGGUCAGACAUCCUGAGCCAAUAGGCUGGUCCUGGACUUAUUUCAUAAUUUACUGGCAUAAUUUACAUAUUGCUAUUUAACUAUUUAUGGUUCUAUUACUAUUUAUUAUUUAUGGUGCAACUGUAAUGAAAACCAAUUUCCCCCAGGAUCAAUAAAGUAUGACUAUGACUAUGACUAACAUUAUAGCUGAUUGUUUAUCCAGAUAUUAAGUUAGAAGUUGUACACAUUUUGCUCUGUUAUCUGAUAAUUAUGCAUGUAUUGUUUCAAACUUUGUAAUCUACAGUUAAACUAAAAAUUUUGCUCCUACAUCAAAAUUUUUCCUAAAAGGAGGGAGGACUCUUAUCGAGGUUCACGGUGAGGAUCUUAUCGAGGAUCCCAACAGUGCCUCCAAUUUUGUCACGACCUGUGAUGGGUUAAAAAACCAGCAGAAAUGGAAAGCACCUUGGAGUCUGGUAUUGCUGUUAACAAAUGUCAUUU